AGCCGGGAAAAGCUGCUGGCAUCAUCAAGCUGGCCUCGAGCUAGGGUCUCGCGUGAGGUCUCGAGCCCGAGCCUGUGCCGGCGCUACCGUUCCGAAAGGCGAGGAAGAAAAGAAAGAAAAUAUCGUCGGCUGUAUCGGCGAGGGAGGCGGACGGCAGCUGCACAGCUGCGAUGCUCGUCAGUGCUGAUGCUCGACGGUGAGGACCGGCUUGACGCUGUCGUCACUGCAGGGAAGCCCGUCGCCGGUGAAGCACUUGGGAGGCCGCGCGGUUCGGAUCGUCUUGACAGAUAGGUCGUGAGGGCUCGACGACACGCUCCAAGAUGAAGAUCGAGAACCUGCUAGUGCGACAACUCAUCAACGAGUUCCUCGGAACGCUGGUGCUGAUUUUAAUCGGCGAUUCCGUCUUGGCCGUCAUCAUCGCGGGUGAGAACGAGUCAAUCGCCGCUGUCGUGGGACCCCUGGGCUGGGGCGUUGCAAUCUACGUGGCCGUCCAGAUCGCCGGAGGAGUCACAGCACACCUUAACCCUGCCGUAACGCUGGGCCUGGCGUCGGUGCGCAAGUUCCCGAUCGCCAAGGUGCCACUCUACUUCGCGGCACAGUACCUGGGCGCCUUCGUCGGCGCGGCUCUCGUCUUCGUCACGUACAAAGAUUGCAUCGAGCAUUUCGAUCAGGGAGUCCGCGCAGUGGUUGGAAAGAAGGCUACGGCUGCAAUAUUCGCUACUUACCCGAGAGAACACGUCUCCACUUUGACCUGCUUCAUCGAUCAGGUCAUCUCCACGGGCAUACUCAUGCUGACCGCGGAGGCGAUCGGAGACCCCCGCAACUUCGGCGGGAUUCCCGUUGCCAUGCACCCAAUCUGCCUGGGCCUCAUGAUCAUGGCUCUCAUCUUCAGCUUCGCCUACAACUGCAUGUGCCCGCUCAACCCCGCCAGGGACGUUGGACCACGGCUGUUCACACUCAUGGCCGGAUGGGGACCCGAGACGUUCACUCUCCGCGGCUGGAACUACGUGUGGGUUCCCGUGCUCGGCCCUCACAUCGGCGCCAUCUUGGGUGCGUGGCUGUACAAGUUGGCUAUCGCGGACCACUGGCCCGACAUCAAGCCGAAGCCAACAACCUCAACUAACGGGGAGUCGACGACCGGGAGAUCGAGACCCGCGGACUGUUGGCCCAUGCGCAAGGUGUCCACUUCUAGGGUGGUGGGCAGCCCAGACGGCAAGGAGGCCAAGGAAGAGCUGGUGGAGACGCUGUACAAGGUCGACGGCGACAAGCUGGUGAUCGAGCUGGAGCCGACGCAGCACCAGAAGCUGUGAAACCUCGUGCGUGCCUCCGCUCUGCAGUGCCGCCGAAGUUGCGCCGAACGGCCAGCGCUACGCCUUUGUCGGUCCACGUGGGCCAGCAGGUGUCGCUUCGAUGGCGGUGUUCCUCCCUUCUAGACACAACGCAAGCCGUUCACCCCCUUUUGUACUCAUACGACCUAUCCUUCCGAACGACCCCUGGCGGCCCUGGUCACGAAGAGCUACUCCCGUGAACUGACGGUGGCACGGAAAACUGAAAAGGCAUUUCAGUUACGCCAGAGGGGUCGUCGAGACCGCUGGUCCCGCACAUGUCACAAGGCCUUUUCAGCGGGUAUUUUGAGCGUUGGGAGCCCUACGUGACACAAGACUACCGCGGACGCUUCCAAACGAAAGCGCCAGGGGCCGGAAGGUAGAAACGCUUUCGGAAUAAAAAGGGAAUAAACCAGGUAAAGCGCUGCAGGUAGGUUGGCCGACGUCUCUACAGGUGUUUUUCAAAGGUGGCCUCAUCAUCUUUGGAAUUAGUUUUACGUGAUGACCGUAGUGAGGUCACGUGGUGUCACCUGACGUGAGUCAGUGGCGCAAUACGCCAGCAACUCAACCCUCCCCCCCCCCCCCCUCGAGAAUCUUGAUUUGCAGAUUGGCGCAGCCUCCAGUGAAACGACGUGACGUAGCUCCACUAGCAAGAUAUAACACGCCAAGGAUAACAAGGCUGCGUUCGUCGAAGAUGGGGUUCGCCUAUGGAAAUAUUGACCAGCUUGUUUGUGGCGCCUUCACCCUGGUUCAUCCUUCUUUAUAUAGAUACCAUGCGUGCGCACAUACUUGCUUAAAGACGGUCUGUUUUUCCAGUCUGACUGGAAAAGACACAGCGAAAAUAAAGUUCCUCCGGAGGACUGAAGCACACCGGCAAUGUCUGCGGACAUGGUUUAUGAACUACAGCGCCUGACAAAUCACGCGUGAGCUUUAUAGGUGCGAAAUGCCGAUGCAUAUUUGUAUUUGUAAUACGUCAGCUCAGGGCAUUUCGCUUCUCGGUGAAUAUUGCGGUUUUUUUUGUUUUCUUUUUUUACGGCACGCGAGAUAGGCACAGUUGCCAUGCAAUUUGUUGCGGAGUGAGUGGGCUGCCUAUAGAGUUCAACAGGAUAACUUGACUGAAGAGAGAUGAAGGUUCUGCAGGCGUACGUUGAGAACUUUGUGACUACUCCAACUUGGCAGUAGUCAAGCAGAGCUCGAACUCCGGACAAAGCAAUGCUACCAGUGAACAUAGAAAGCGUAUACAGAACAACCACGACUGCAUUUUGCGAAAUAAAAAGAACAUCGCGGGAGACUAAGUAAAAUUCAGCAAUAUUUUGGAUAAGCGAGGUCCUGCUCAAAAUUAAAAUUAGCUCAUUGACACAAUAUAUAGGAGUAAAAUUUUCUAAAAAAUGAUGCCGAUGCCACUCUGACCAACAAUUCUGAUGGAAAAGCCGAUUCACAGCACCAUUUGCCUAUGUACGCUGCAAUAUAAAUAAUAAGUAAUACACGUAAACCUGGCUUAAAUUCUGUAUAAAUUUGCCAAAGCAAAGGGCAGAAGACGUGCAGGCCUAGGUACAGUUAUACCUCGGUUCCGUGCUUCCUAUAUUAUCGACAGUGUCAGGUUGGCUUCCACGCGUGAGCGGAGGAAACGGUUGCCCAGAAUGCGAAUAAAUCGAAGCGGUCACUUCGCAAAGCGCAAUAAUAAUGCUCAUAGACUUGUAUCGUUUGACGUUCUCCGAUUUCUGUAAAUUAACAUUUAUGCGAGAGCAAUGAAAGUUUCGCACAUAAAUAAGUUGUUAUCAGGGAAAUAAGUGAGAAAGGAUCGUGCUCAAGCAAACUACAGUUUCUCAAUAAUCUGCAAUAGUUACAUUAUUGAAGUACAGUCUGUCGACAAAGUUCUAUCGACAGUGAGGUUAAGAGGUUAAUAGGCAGCGCAAUCCGAGCUAUACUGCAGAACAGUGAGGUGUCACUGAUAUACAUAAAUAACGUUUGUUGUCAAAGAAAGAGAAAAAUGCCAUGCGAGCGCUGGCUCUUUCAAGGUUAUGAUAAGCCUCGCUGUCAAGAGAAUAAGUGCCAAAUCAUUUCGCGAGAGUAGGUGAUAAUGAAUGUCGUCCAAAUGAAACAGACUUGGACAGUGAGAUCAGGUUCUGUUUAACCAGACCCGAAUUAGUGCAUCGAAAUGAAGCAUGCAACACCAGACACAAUGUUAACUGUGCUAUAUUUUCCCCUUAAUUGUUUCAUAAGAAAUAUGGACUGCAUUUAUAUAUGUAUAUAUCACUUGCAUUUGUAUCAAUAUAAAUUUUGAGUGCACCCUACAUGAAUGGGCUGUCCUGUGCUUCAUUUGGACGACGCCGGUUGCACAAUGUGCGUAUGGUGUUCACUUGGAAAGCUGAAGAGAGUGUAGACUGCUAGUGCGUUCCACCUGACGUUCCUUGAACUGUAACUGCGGGAAGUAAAUGCGGACGGCGCAAGAACACCAGCAUGCAGACAUCCGAAGCCACUUUACGAAAGCUUUUUCGUACGUAAGAUCGACGCAUCGUUCCGCUGACGCCUUCACUUUCGUUUACUUGGCUGUCGAGGCGGACCUCGUGAGGCGAUCUUACGCACGAACAUCUCUGUGUGUUUGGCCCUUGACUUAAGUGCUUGUAUGAGUGUUAUGAAGCAUGUAUUAUGCGUGCGAUGAUGUUUGUGUCUUAGUGACGUCAUCACGAAGGCUUAUAGUGUCGUUAAACAUGAGCUUCGAGUUUGUUCACUCGUGUCUACCUACAGUGAGACAGCGCAAGGUGCAGGGCGACGAGACUCGACAGACUUUCCGUGCGUUCGCGUCCUUGUUGUUGACGAUUUAGCUUCGUCAUAAAGCGUUUCGCUUGUUUUGGUUCGCAAGCGUCGCGGAUUUUGUCGAGCCUAUCGUUAUGUGCAGCGCCUGCUACUUUGAAUUUAUAGUAUGCUUACCUUCUCUUUUCUGGACGACAAACCGAUGAAUGAGCCGUCGCUGGUGAUGCUCAUGUGCUGUUGUAUCAAAGUGUUGUUACUGGUGGUGGUUGUAGCGCCUAUUUUUGCUGACACCAAUUCUUUGUAAAACCACGUAAUAAAACUGUCUGCCAACGAAUAAGAGAGAACCUGUCAA